GCGCUUGUGCAGGACAGCAACAAUGUGACAAUAUUAGGUUAAAAUGUAACUCAUGCCUCAACGCUGUUGGCUGGCAAAAUGUCCUGCACGUUAUUUGUUAUGGCAAACUAUUCGUUUUCAGCGUUUAGCAGCGUGUCGUUGUGCUAGUUUGCAUAGCGUUAGCUAGCUUUAGCCGAUAGCAUAACGUUGACGUUAGCUUAACCUUAAUGCUACUGACUGGGGCACCCGCAGACCCCAGAGCUGCGGCCAGGCAUGGUGAAGCCAUGUCGCCUGCUCAGACCGGUAACACAGAUCCCAGAGAGGUCCCUGGUUCAUCAGGAGGGUUUACCUAAGCUGCCUGUGCCACCCUUGAAGCAGACCUUUGAGCGCUACCUGGCCAUGCUGGAGCCUAUCGUAAGCGAGGAGGAGCUGGAACACACACGGCAACUGGUGGAAGAGUUCCUCAAGGGUGGUGUUGGGGAAAGGCUGCAGAGAGGCCUGGAGCGUCGGGCCCGAAAGACAGACAACUGGCUAUCAGAAUGGUGGAUGCAAACAGCUUAUCUAGAUUGCCGCAUGCCGGUGGCAGUCUACACCAGCCCCGGUGUUGUCCUGCCACGCAUGCACUUCCACGAUCGCCAAGGACAGAUGAGGUUUGCUGCCAAACUGAUCGCUGGAGUUUUGGAAUUUAAAAAAAUGAUUGACACUGAGACUCUGCCUGUAGAGUAUUUGAGUAAGAAGCCGCUGUGUAUGGACCAGUAUUACCAAAUCCUGUCCUCCUGUCGUAUCCCUGGACCAAAGAGAGAUAUUGUUGUAAAUCAGUCCAUCGGGAAAACACCUCCCACCCACAUCACUGUGGUCCACAACUUCCAGUUCUUUGUCUUGGAUGUGUACAACAGCGAUGGCACUCCGCUGACAGUGGAUCAGAUUUACAUGCAGCUGGAGAAGAUCUGGAACUCUUCUUUGCAGACCAACAAGGAGCCUAUUGGCAUCCUAACAUCACAGCACCGCAACACUUGGGGAAAAGCCUAUAACAAUCUGAUCAAGGAUAAGACGAAUAAAGAGUCAGUCCGUGCCAUCCAGAAAAGCAUCUUCACAGUGUGUUUGGAUGCUCCAAUGCCACGGGUGUCAGAUGAGCUGUACCAGAGUCGUGUGGCUGCCCAGAUGCUGCACGGAGGAGGGGCUCGCUGGAACAGCGGCAACCGCUGGUUUGAUAAGACUAUACAGUUCAUUGUCGGUGAAGACGGUACAUGUGGACUGGUGUAUGAACAUGCGCCUGCUGAGGGACCACCCAUUGUGUUUCUCAUUGAUUAUGUUGUCAAAUUCAUGCAAAGGACUGAAAUAGUCCGCUCCCCCAUGAUUCCUCUGUCCAUGCCUCAGAAACUUCGUUUUAACAUUACACCUGAGGUCAAGAGAGACAUUGAGAAAGCCAAACAAAAUAUGAACAUAAUGGUACAUGACUUGGACGUGAAGGUGCUUAUGUUCUCUCAUUUUGGAAAAAAUGUGCCAAAACAACACAAGCUGAGUCCGGAUGCCUUUGUGCAAAUGGCUCUUCAACUUGCCUACUUCAGGAUGUAUAAUAUGUGCUGCUCUACCUAUGAGAGUGCAUCAUUACGAAUGUUCAAAUAUGGGCGAACAGAUGCAAUCCGUGUAACUACUGUACAGUCAUCUAAAUUCGUCCACGCAAUGCAAGACCCAGCUAAACAGAACACAGAGAGGCUGGAACUGCUGCAGAACGCUGUUCAGACACAUAAGGACAACACAUACGAUGCCAUCCAUGGACAAGCCAUAGACAGACACCUUCUCGGGCUGAGGAUGCAGGGUAUUGAAGACCUGACCUCUCUGCCUGAGAUAUUCAUGGAUACCUCUUUUGCUGUGGCUCACCACUACAAUCUCUCCACCAGCCAGGUUGGCUCCAAGACAGACUGUGUGAUGUGCUUUGGUCCAAUGGUGCCAGAUGGCUAUGGAGUGUGUUACAAUCCCAUGGAUGAGCACAUCAACAUCGCCAUCACGGCCUUCAACAGCUGUGAGGAGACUAAUGCUGCCAAGUUUGCCCAAGCUGUAGAGGAUGCUCUGUUGGACAUGAGAGCUCUCCUGGAAGACACAGCUACAGCCAAGCAGUGAUCCUACACAGUAGCAUGGUAUGGUGUUUGUGUCCCACCGGGAUGUAUUUGAGCUGGAACUGAACUGGUGCCGGAGUUGUGGCAGAAUGCCACGCUGGCAUAGACGCACAAUGUACUGAGUGUGUUUGAACUGAGGGAAAACCUGUUAUGGAAAGGUUCUAAGGAGUGAAAUGUGUGACUGUGAAUGCACUGCCUUUGAGAUGAAAAACAAUUCUCUAUGAUGGUAAUUCUAUAU